UCCGAUCUCCCCUCCCCAAGAUAACCCAGCCACCCUACCAACCCACCACACGCUCCAAAUCUCAAUAGAAGGGAGCCCAACGACACCACCACUAAACUCCUUCUCACUUCUCAUUUGGUGAAGAGAGAAAACAAAAAGAAGAGAGCAGCAGAAGAAGUAAGAAAUGGCCUCCACAGCCGCGGCCACCUCCCCGUUUCUGGGCGCCCGGCUGCCCGACUCCCACCCGGCCAAGACCGGGGGCCGGUUCCAGGCCCGGUUCGGGUUCGGUGGCGCGAAGAAGACCGCGGCCAAGAAGAAGUCGCCCGGCUCGGACCGGCCGCUCUGGUUUCCGGGCGCCAAGGCCCCGGAGUGGCUGGACGGUUCGCUGGUGGGGGACUACGGGUUCGACCCGUUCGGGCUGGGGAAACCGGCCGAGUACCUCCAGUUCGAUCUCGAUUCUCUGGACCAGAACCUUGCCAAGAACCAGGCCGGGGAGGUGAUCGGAACCCGGUUCGAGAACGCGGACGUGAAGUCGACCCCGCUGCAGCCCUACACGGAGGUGUUCGGGCUCCAGCGGUUCCGUGAGUGCGAGCUCAUCCAUGGGCGGUGGGCGAUGCUGGCCACGCUUGGCGCGCUCGCGGUCGAGGGGCUCACUGGCGUAACGUGGCAGGAUGCUGGAAAGGUAGAGCUGGAGAAUGGGUCCUCUUAUCUCGGCCAACCACUCCCUUUCUCCAUGACUACACUGAUAUGGAUUGAGGUGCUUGUGAUCGGCUACAUCGAGUUCCAGAGGAACGCCGAGCUCGACCCCGAGAAGAGGCUGUACCCAGGUGGCAAGUUCUUCGAUCCCCUCGGCCUUGCGUCUGACCCUGAGAAGAAGGCCACUCUGCAGCUCGCCGAGAUCAAGCACGCCCGUCUCGCCAUGGUUGCCGCCCUGGGCUUUGCCGUCCAAGCUGCUGCCACCGGGAAGGGUCCCCUCAACAACUGGGUUACCCAUCUUAAUGAUCCACUUCACACCACCAUCUUCGAUACCUUCUCCUCCUCCUCUUAAGGUUCUAAUUAAUGCUCUUCUUCUCCAUCCACUUGUAUUCCCUUCGUUGUAAUUUUUGUGAGGUUGUCAAGUUUGUGACUGCAUGAUCCGUGUCACCUUGUAAAUCUUAUAUUUUCAGACCUGAAGAACGCUUAAUUCCAGAUGAUAUGGUAUAAAUAUCUUCAGAUAAUUAAA